GCUCCCGGAGGAUGGAGCAUUGAGGCAGUCUGGGCGGCUGCCGGCAGCGCCAUGGAGACCGUGCAGCUGAGGAACCCACCGCGCAGGCAGCUGAAAAAGUUGGAUGAAGAUAGUUUAACUAAACAGCCAGAAGAAGUGUUUGAUGUCUUAGAGAAGCUUGGAGAAGGGUCUUAUGGCAGUGUGUACAAGGCUAUUCAUAAGGAGACUGGUCAGAUUGUUGCUAUCAAGCAAGUGCCUGUGGAAUCGGACCUGCAGGAGAUAAUCAAAGAAAUCUCCAUAAUGCAGCAGUGUGACAGCCCUCAUGUAGUCAAAUACUAUGGCAGCUACUUUAAGAACACAGACCUGUGGAUUGUUAUGGAGUACUGUGGGGCUGGCUCUGUAUCUGAUAUCAUUCGGCUGCGAAACAAGACGUUAACAGAAGAUGAAAUAGCUACAAUAUUACAGUCAACUCUUAAGGGACUAGAAUACCUCCAUUUUAUGAGAAAAAUACAUCGAGAUAUCAAGGCUGGAAAUAUUUUGCUAAACACAGAAGGCCAUGCAAAGCUUGCAGACUUUGGAGUCGCAGGUCAACUUACAGAUACCAUGGCAAAGAGGAAUACAGUGAUAGGAACGCCAUUUUGGAUGGCUCCUGAAGUUAUCCAGGAGAUUGGGUACAACUGUGUGGCAGACAUCUGGUCUCUGGGAAUAACCGCCAUAGAAAUGGCUGAAGGAAAGCCCCCAUAUGCGGAUAUCCAUCCAAUGAGGGCAAUAUUCAUGAUUCCUACAAACCCUCCUCCCACAUUCCGAAAGCCAGAGCUGUGGUCGGACAGCUUCAUGGAUUUUGUGAAGCAGUGUCUGGUAAAAAGCCCGGAGCAGCGAGCCACGGCCACCCAGCUCCUCCAGCACCCAUUUGUUAAGAGUGCCAAAGGAGUGUCGAUAUUGCGAGACUUAAUUAACGAAGCCAUGGAUGUGAAACUGAAGCGCCAGGAAGCCCAGCAGCGGGAAGUGGACCAGGAUGACGAUGAGAACUCAGAGGAGGAUGAAAUGGAUUCUGGCACGAUGGUUAGAGCCACCGGUGAUGACAUGGGCACUGUUCGAGUAGCCAGCACAAUGAGCGGCGGAGCUAAUACUAUGAUUGAGCACGGUGACACAUUGCCGUCCCAGCUGGGCACCAUGGUGAUCAACACGGAGGACGAGGAAGAGGAAGGAACCAUGAAAAGAAGAGAUGAGACCAUGCAGCCUGCAAAACCCUCUUUCCUUGAAUACUUUGAACAAAAAGAAAAGGAAAAUCAGAUCAACAGCUUUGGCAAGAACGUAUCUGGCUCUCUGAAGAAUUCUUCAGACUGGAAAAUACCUCAGGACGGAGACUAUGAGUUUCUUAAGAGCUGGACUGUGGAGGACCUGCAGAAGAGGCUCUUGGCCCUCGACCCCAUGAUGGAACAGGAGAUGGAAGAGAUCCGGCAGAAAUACCGGUCCAAGCGGCAGCCAAUCCUGGAUGCCAUUGAAGCCAAGAAGAGGAGGCAACAGAACUUCUGAUAACACCAGUCUGGCCUUUGGUGGCUUCUGGGUUGCUAGACUCAUGUCUGCUAGCCAGCACUUGUGCUCUGUCAUUUCUCCACAGCACCUUUGUAAACUCAGGAAUGUGCGCCAGUGGGAAGGGCUACUUGACAGUCAUUGUGCCAUUUGGCGUGUGCGUUUACACCGGCAAAGUGUAUCUUGAAGGGUUUGUAUUGGUGCUUUUAACUCAGAAUUUUAGACCCAGGAGCAGAGCCUCCUAGUUCAUUGAUAGCUGGGAAAUUUUUACAUUGUUUCUUUUUGUUUUCCUUCUAGUAAUAGCUUUUGGUUGCUCACCCUGAAAGACUUUUUUAAAAAAUCUAUAAAUAUGCAUAUAUAUAUAUAUAUAUAAAUUAUAAAUAGAUUCCCCACUCCGUGUGGUGGUGUCUCUGUACAGGUACAGUUUCAAACACUUUGCCUCUUUCCUGUGAGAUUAUGGUACUGUGCAGCAAGAGAGCAGAAGACACUGGGAGGCUCUUAGGAGGUCACUGAAUCCCAGGAGUUGGCUUCACCCGUUGCAGGGCUGCAUGGAAAAAUUAGCCUUGGGAUGGUUGUGCCACCACAGUGACGAACGAGCCUUACGUGGUCACCACUGGCCUCUGAAGCUGUUGGUGAUGCCAGGAAAAAAACCCGGAGAACUUGAGUUUGCUCUUUUCCCAGGAGAAGCCUGGCACCCUCUUUGCAAAGUAGCCUUUGCUGUCUCAACACCUUUUAAUCCAUCUCCACCCUCCCAGCUGCCUCAAGUCACAUCCCAGAUACUGCCCAGUGCCUUAAGAGGAGAGAUGUCUGUGAAAGGACAGGCUACCAAGAGCUCUGUCCAGCAAACAGAGACCUAUCCAGCCAGAAAAUCUCAUUGUUUAUGGGAAAAAUCACACAUGACAUUCUGCUCUUCAUUUCGUAGAUACAGGGUAAAGGGCGCUGCUCUCAUGGUUCACAUCCAAGUACGUGAUUGUUUAUUUUUUUCAUUACUGUUGAGCCAGGGUAAAUUAGUGCCGAACCAAGGCUCACUCCCAGAAGACUUAGUCAGACCCAGAAUGGCAGAGCUGGAAGGGGCUGCCACAGUCAGUGGGUCUGACCUUGUAUUGUCCAGGUGAGAAAGUGAGACUCAGAGGAGAGGUGACAUUGCCAGUGCCACAGAUCAAGUUAGAUUAGAAGCAGGGAUUGGAAUUCAGAGCCUUUGUCCUGGGCCACUGGACCAAGAGCCUCUUCACUGAGAGCAUGGAGCUACCAGUGUAUAUCAGGUUGGCCCAGGGACCCCUGCUCUUUCCUUGCCUCUUUGGUACCUGAGCUGCUAUGGAAAGGUUCACCAGAGGAGCCAUGUCAUUCAGUCUCAGCAUGCCAGUGGGUUCCUUACACUGUCUCCCAGAUACAGACAGGCACUCAUGGAAGGCCUGCAGCAGGGUAGAGGGCUUUGCAAAAGACAGUUACAGAGUCAUCCCUGAACCUUUGGCUCAAAACUGCAGUCAGAAGGGACUGGGAAGACAGUUGCCCUUUUAUUUCUUCUCCUUUCAUCCCCCCAUGGGAGCCCUGAUGGGCGUGCACCUGAGGAUACUGAAAUUCGACUCGGUAAUUGCUUUUGCUCCCUAACCUGAGAGUCGAUAAAAAGGCAGGGGAUGUUCUUUUCUGUGACCAGAUUCUGUUCUUUGCAGUUAAAGCAAGCUUUAAAAAAAUGCAAGAGGCAGCUGGUCUGUAGGCCUUGGCCAGCAAAGUAACUGUGUCAGAGAGAAUUAGAGGAUCAUGGAUCUUGCUGGGAUGAUAAAUGCUGCUGUCGUUUCCUGGGUAGCACAUGUCAGGCGCUGAGCUAGGUGUGUACUACAGGUUUUAUUGUAAUCCCCUGGGCUUCUUAUGACGAUUCCUUCCCACGACACUGUAGAUCUGGAUGUAUGACAUCCUGUGGGGCUAGUAGUCACAGAAACAGGAAAGUCCUAAACGCUUAGAAUGAAGUGACCGUAGCUUCUCACCAAGACUUAAGUCUAAGUGGUAUUUUUUUUCCUUAAGGUUAGAAACCAGAUGAAUUAAUAGUCAAGUCCCCAAGUCAAGAAAGUUUUUAGAAGCCCAGAGCACAGGGCAUACAUAACAUUUGUUGUGUUGCUUACCAGCCCAGCGCCGAGCUCGUUCCUCUUGAAGGAAAGCUUUGGGCGCUGCCAGACAGAAGGAAAAAGCCCACAGCUCCCUUCCAAAGCAAGAUGGGAGUACAGGAAAAGAGUUUUUCCUGCGACUACUCAGCUGUGAACCUUAGUCUGGAGUCUAUUUGGUCACAAGCAUGUCUGCACGGCACAGCCUGGUCCACAGGUGCUUGGCAGUCCAGCUCAACAGCUGCUUGCCAGAAGCCGGAUGUCCUGGAUUCUGGCGAGGCCUAUGUGUUGUUCGGUGACAUGGGAGCGAACCAUCCUUUCCUUGAAGACCAAAUCCAAGCAAUCCUGUUUCACUUCUCUCGGGCUUGAGCAUUUGUGGCUCUGGCUUGCAGUGGACUCUGGCUGGGCUCUCUGCUUCCAAGGUGCCGAAGCCCACACCUAAAUUCUUUUCAACAAACAAACAGAACCUCAUACUUUUUAAAAACAUUGUAGUUUUGCUCCCAUUCAUAAAUUUGAAGCACAUCUCCACUUUUAUUUCAUUCAUAUAUAUAUAUAUAUUAUAUAAGAUUUUAUGUUCCCCAGUAGAUUGGACAAGAAUUUGACUGGCUGGGAGUGAGAAAGGCUGUUGGGGGUGCAGAUGAAUAGGAGCAGUCAUCUGAACUUGAGGAGUUGAGCCUUGAGUCUCUCACACUGAGUAGCACCUGGCAAUGCCAGAAACUCAUUCUACCAUUUAAAACUCAAUACGCCCAUCUAAUGUCAGGAGUGGGAGAGAUGACAUCACUGUAGGCGCUGCAGAUACUCAGAACCUAAAAGCAGAAUAUCACAAACAGCUUCAUGCUAAUAAAUUCGCCACCUUAAGUGGGCAGAUACCCAGAAAAUUACAAAGGAACUAAGCUUCUCUGAGACGAAAUGGGCAAUCACAACAGCCCCCAGCCCCUUUUCUACCAGAACUUGGUAGCUCUGAGAGGCAGGGUUAGCUCUUCAUUUAAAGGGUCAGGAACCUGACAUUCUGUGACAACUGUUCCUCAAGGUCACACCAGCAGAGAGUGACAGAGUCUGAUUCUUACUCCACUGGCUUUCCCAGCAUACCUUUUGGUCUCUAAAGAUUGCUUUCCUUUAUUUGGGGGGGAAGUUUUUCCCAUUCAGACCACACCCCUCACCCUCUUUGAUCUUUUUAAGGCACUGUGUUUAUAUUUUUAUUAAGAUUAUUACAUGCGUUGUCUUUGGAAUCUAUGUUCUUUGUGUUUAGGGGGGCCGUCUCUUCCACCAGCCUGCACUCAGACCAACUUGAGAGAAAAAAAUCUUAAAUGCUGUUGCUGAUGUACAAUUUUAAAAAAUGUGAAGUUUGUAGCUUUAAUCUUUUGUAACAAAAACUAAUUAACACUGGCUUAAGUGCUGACUUGAAAUGCUAUUUUGUAAGGUUUGGAUGUAAAUACUAGAGGUCAUCUGUUUGUAUAUGUGUGAGACAUAGCUUCUUCCACUGCCUUUUGUUUUUAACUGGAGGUACUUCCUGUGUGCUUUUAUGUUAGAGUCGUCUCCCCCUCAUUUCUCCCCCAACACCUGUCACCCUUGUGUUAAAUAAACUGUCCUUUAGACCA